CGAGUCGUCCGGGCCGCUGCAGGACAGGAAGAGAUCACUGCUCCCGAUGCCCAGAACCACGGGCUGUCCCACUCCGGGCUGGGUCUGAGUGUCCCAGGACGUGUGCUAUCCCGUUUGCAGCUCAGAACACCGGUGCUCAAUUCUGACUGAAACCAGGGAGGAAGCUGGUGCAGUGGCGUCAGGCGAAGGGGAAAUCUUACAAACGCCCCCCGAAACUCACCCCCCAGGCGAAGAGGGGGGACCCCGCUGCGGGGAGGCGCUCCUUCUGGGCCACCAUCGAGAGGAGGAUGACAUCAACAGCCUGGUCACUAGCGUGGAGGCAAUGCUGACGGACUGCCUGAGAUUGGUGCAGGAGGGCUGUCCCGCGGAGGAGGUGUCUGCAGUGCUGGCCCGCGUGCCCCUGGCCCGAACGCUUCUCCAGGUUCUGGCAGUGCAGAAUGCGGCUGAUGGAGCGGAAGGGGGAUUACAAUGUGCUCCCACUGUUUGAGGAGGCAGUGCGCCCGACAAUGUAGGUGAGGUAACCCUGCCCCCCCUGGGGCUGUGACUCCGCCUGCCAGGGAGGUGACUUCACCCACCAAGCUGAGGACUGGCUCCCCCCCCCCAGUACUCUCUGUGUGGCUGGGUUUCCUGUCUGACUCGGUUUCUCUUUCAGCCAAUCGAUGAGCUCCAGUCUGCCGUCUUUGAGAUCCUUAAGAAAAAGGAAGCCCCCAAACCCACAGUGCACUUUGACCCCGUGCUGAAGGAGCCGGCUCCCGGGAGCUGUGACGAGGGGUCUGAGGUCGAGGAGGGGGAGCCAGGCGGGAGCCCCGCCCGCCCCGUGCCGGGUUAGGGACGGACAAAGAAGGGUCGUCUGGGGUGAAGUACAGGAUCACUGCCACUCCAGGACAACAUGAGCCAAAACGAGUACGGGUACUACAGAAUCCUAACGUCAGAGGACAGCCGCUUACUGCGGCCGCAGGAAAUGAAAUUCAGCGGGCUUCAGCUCGUAGCGGACGACUCGAUACAAAGCGAUGACCUCAAACUAGAAUACCUGCUGAUCACCACCCAGGAAUACUCCGGCAACCGGAACCACGUGACGCUUCUCUUUCACUGCGUGCCAAGACAAGGGUUCUACUACCUGUGCUGCACCGACUCUCUGGAGCUGGUCCCUAAAUGCGAGGCCACGCCGUCUGAACCCAAGUACAAGUUCAAGUUUGAGAAGCACGCCAAUGAUCUCAAGAUCGAAUCCGUGAACAAGGCGGGUUGGUUCCUUCAAGUGGAAGGUAGAAAACUGAAGAUUGAAACCGGGAAGGAGCUGUGCACUCUCUUCCAGGUCCAGAAGCUUCAAUCGAACGAAAUCCCUUGCGGGAACACCGGCACUUCAGCUAGUGGGGCGUGCGGAGAGGUUACUGCAUGCGUGAGUUUGCAUCGUUAGGAGUUGAGGACGGUGUCUGUGAAUGAACAAUG